AGAAGAUGUGAAUUUCCCCUCCUUCCCUUCUGCUCCCAGACUGACAGGUGUGACAUUUAAGACUAAUCAUGAGUAAGAACUUCUUGUCUAUAAAUGAACAGCUCAGUAUGGGCCAAUUUCUGAUGUCCAACAACGGGCAAUAUAAGGCUAUCUUCCAGGAUGAUGGUAACUUUGUUGUCUAUGCCGUUUCCAAUAGCCCACACAAGGCUGUGUGGGCCACGGGCACUGACGGAUCAGACGCUGUCCGCGUGAUCAUGCAGGCUGACGGCAACCUGGUCAUGUACAACCAAGCGGACCAGCCCAAGUGGAGCUCGGGGACAAAUAUCAAUGGAACGUGCGACAAGUGCCGUGUUGAACUGACCGAUUGCGGCACACUGGAGCUGACCAGAACCGUAACUGUCAUGUGAAGAUUAUAUCUUCACAUGAC